AUUUGGCCUCUCAUAUUUCUUGGCAGAAAUUAGUAAUGUUAUGUAACUGUCACCUCUACAACCAGAUGUCUCUGCUCUUCUGCUAUUGUAGCAAAUGCACUAUCUUUACUUCUCCACAGCCUUUCUAAAGACCAGUGAGCUCUCAACGCACGUGAAGAGCAGUGCGCUUUCGCAAAAUAUAAACAAGAGGCGGGGCGCGAGGUGGAGCUUAGCAGUCAUGCAUUACCACGAAUAAAUCUCGUUUUGCUGCCCACAUAAGCUCCCUACGUGAUAUAAUAACAGUUUAGGCGGUUUUAUACACUUCAAAAAUGUUUUAUCAAUCAGAUUAUUAAAGGGACGAGUGCAGACCCCAAAAAGGGAGCUCCGCGUGUUCUGUAAUGUGACACAAAGAGCUGUCAAGAAGGGGUGGGCUUCGUUACAGCGUAGGUACAACAGCUCACGAGUUGAUCUCCAAUGACAGAGCGCUUAACUUAAGGGUCUGGCGUUACAUUUGCCUUUUACCAAAGUUGUACAUUCGGAGCCCUCCAACGUGGCGAUCUCUAAACCACCCCAAGAGUGGGAUAAAAAUAUUGCAGUGAGUCUGAACGACUGGAUUAUUAUCCGAAUCGAUAACGCAGAGCCUGCCAGUUUAAGAUUAACGGUUUAAACAAAACAAGAAAAUCUACAACAGGGCUCCCCCUGAAACGGGCUGCAAGAUGGAGAAGCCGCCAUUGACGAAUGAGGAUGGGAGUGUGUUGGCCGAGAGCCGAUCAGACGUGGCUUUGGUGUCGGCAGAUGAUGAAGUCAGGUCCGCAGGUGCUGAUGGGCAGGAGGACGACAGGCCAGCGUGGGACAGUAAGCUGCAGUAUGUGCUCGCCCAGGUGGGCUUUAGCGUUGGCCUGGGCAAUGUCUGGAGGUUUCCCUACCUCUGCCACCAAAAUGGAGGAGGUGCCUUUAUGUUACUGUACGUGAUGCUGUUGCUCAUUAUCGGGGUUCCUCUGUUCUUCAUGGAGCUGGCCGCUGGGCAGAGCAUCCGUCAGGGCAGCAUUGGGGUCUGGAAACAUAUCUCGCCUCGCCUCGCAGGCAUCGGCUACUCCAGCUGCAUGGUUUGUUUCUUCGUGGCCCUGUACUAUAAUGUGAUCAUUGCCUGGUCUCUGUUCUAUAUGGGGAAUUCAUUCCAGUAUCCAUUGCCAUGGGAACACUGUCCUGUCGAUAUGAUCUCAAACCAGACAGUGAAGGAAUGUGCAGCGAGCUCUCCUACCUCAUAUUUCUGGUUCAGGAAGGCUCUGGAUAUCUCAGACUCCAUAGAUCAGUCGGGAGAGUUUAACCCCAUCAUGACCGGUUGCCUCCUUGCUGCCUGGGCUAUAGUGUGUCUCGCAAUGAUCAAGGGCAUCAAGUCUUCUGCCAAGGUGAUGUAUUUCUCCUCCGUGUUUCCUUAUGCUGUGCUGAUCUGUUUUCUCAUCAGAGGGCUCAUGUUGGACGGGGCUAUAGACGGCAUCAAAUAUAUGUUUUAUCCUAAGCUGGAGAUUUGGGGGGAAGUGCAGGUGUGGCGUCAGGCUGCCACACAGGUGUUUUUUGCACUGGGUUUGGGUUACGGCUCUGUGAUCGCUUAUUCUUCCUACAACCCUGUGCAUAACAACUGCCACCGGGAUGCCAUCAUGGUCUCUGCCAUCAACUUCAUGACCUCGGUAUUGGCCUCUCUGGUUGUCUUUGUGGUCCUUGGUUUCAGAGCCAAGAACAUUGCUCUGAAUUGUGUUGCAACUAAUGUGGCCAGGAUGGCAGAAAUGGCAACAGCGGGUUCAUCGCAGCAUUGGUGGCCAUGGUUCAACAUGUCUGACCCCAAAUCAGUGUUUCUUCAUGACUACAGAGAAUGGUACAGCCACUAUGGAAGCCUGCUAGGGUCGAACAUCACCGACUGUGACCUGGAAAGAGAAAUGAGCAAGGGAGUGGAAGGCACAGGUUUGGCAUUUAUAGCAUUUACGGAGGCGAUGGCGUUGUUUCCUGCAAGUCCAUUUUGGUCAGCUUUGUUCUUUCUCAUGCUGCUGAAUUUGGGUCUCUCCACCAUGUUUGGCACCAUGCAGGGGAUUCUUACCCCACUCAUGGACAACUUCAGAGUGCUGGGGCGCCACAAGACCAUGUUGACGGUGUGUAGCUGUAUCCUGGGCUUCUUCAUUGGCCUGCUCUUCACUCAAAGAAGUGGCAACUAUUUUGUGACCAUGUUUGACGAUUAUUCUGCAACAUUACCGCUGAUUGUCGUGGUCAUCUUUGAAACUGUCAGCGUGGCGUGGGUUUACGGUGCUGAUCGUUUCUUGGAUGAUGUGGAGGUGAUGCUACACUGGCGCCCUCCGGUGGUUUAUCGCUAUUUGUGGAAGUAUGUGUGCCUAUUCGGUAUGGUGGGGCUGCUGGCUGCUAGUCUUCUCCGCAUGGUCUUCAAACGGCCCACUUACACAGCCUGGAACCACACCACGGGUUCUGAAGCUAGCCUCGAGUAUCCUGGAUGGGCUCUGAUCAUGCUGUCCUUGCUAAUCAUCAUAGCAUCUCUCCCGGUGCCCAUUGGCUACCUGCUCUCCUUCCUCAGAGGGGGGCUGAGCCUACCAGUGGAGGUGGGUGAAGUUGAGCCUCCAAGAGAGCGAUACUACAAAUGCAAUUCUGAUGAGCCAGAGCCAAAUAACCACGACUCCCCAGUGGAUGAAGACAGGAAUCGGCCCCGUUCCACCUUCCUUCCACUGGGUGCUGAACACUACAGGCUACUCCCGCAACAGGAAGAUGGAGAGGAAGAAGACGACACUGGGGUCUAAGGGACAAAAUGGAGAUAAACAGGUGUUUGAGCAGAAAACGACAAGACUAUUUAUUCAUCAGUAUUGGAAUUGUUUAAUGGAGUGGAGGGAGACAGACUCCAUUUAUUCUCAUUAUGCUAAUGAACGUUCAUGAAAAAUAUGUGUCAAUAGCGGCCCUAUUUAGGAGGGACACUUUUUGCGAGUGCACCAAUCAUUGAAUUCCUUUGUUCUUGAAUCCCUACUUGUACUUGGGCUAAGUGAUGUGGCUUGUACCAAAAGUGCCUCUUAAUGAGUAUCCACACUUAAUUAUAUAUCAGAUUACAGCUUCUCUAAAGGACAGCAGUUAUACUCAUGCCAUCUAGAAUAAAACAUUUUUGAAUUACUAGAGUAACUUAAGUAAAAUAGGGUAAAACUUUACAAUAAGGUCCCAUUUGUUAACAUUAGUUAAUGCCUCAGCUAACAUUAACAAUGAGCAAUAUAUUUUUAGAGCAUUUAUUAACAUUUGUUAACGUUAGUUAAUAAAACGUCUCAGGUUAUGACUGUAAUCAUGGUUCCCUGUGAAGGGACCCCAUAGCGUCAAUCCAAGGUGCAGUGUUGAAACUGUUUAUAUUCAUGUUAGUUCACAGUGCAUUAACUAAUGUUAACAGAUAUAACUUUUUAUCUUAAAAAUGUAUUAAAAAUGGUUGAGAUUAACAUUAACUAAGAUUAAUAAAUGCUGUAGAUGUAUUGUUCAUUGUUAGUUCAUGUUAACUAAUGUAGUUAACUAAUUUGAACAAAUGAAGUGAUACCAAAAAAUAGAUGGUGGAAGACUGUUAGAAGGUUUAAAAAAAUAUAUCAGAAUUAUCCAUAUUACUAGAAUACUAACAUUUUCUGCAAAGAAAAUACUAUUUAGAGGUUAAAAAUGUUACUUUGAGUAUGAAACUAUUAGCCAUUAAGUUAUAAGUUAGUUUUAGCCUGUAACUGGUUGUAAUAUCAAAAGAAAAUUGUAUUGUUUGUUAUUACUAUUAUUAUUAUUAAUAAUAGAGUUAUGGGAAAUGUGAACAGUUAUAUCUAACAUGAAUCAAGUAAAUUAAUUAUUUUUGUAGAUUUCAGUGACAGUAAAAUGCCAUAUAUUUUUUUAGGAAAGCCACAGGUCACAAAUGACCUGACUAUCAACCUGAUUGCACAAAUAUUAAAGGGUUAGUUCACCCAAAAAUGAAAAUUCUGUCAUUUAUUACUCACCCUCAUGCCGUUCCACACCCGCAAGACCUUCGUUAAUCUUC